AGUCUGGACCUGCGAUGGAGAAGAAGCCCCUGUCGUCCUUCGCUGCUUCCCGACAGUACAGGAAAUUUAACUUUGAAGAUUUAGAUGAUCCUCUGUCGGGGCUCUUGUCUGAUGAGGAGCAGGAUGCUCCCAAGAAGCCAACUCUGACAGGUGCUGAAAGCAUCCCUGAGAAGCAAGGAAAACAGAGCAAGGAGCAAGAGCCACGUGCAGCCCAGACGCCUCUGCGCACCACGGCCCCAACGUGGAGGAGGAAGGAGAUCACCUUUGACGAGGACAUCACCGACCUGAUGGAUGCCAUGGGACUUGGCAGCAGCCCGGGAAGAGAUGGCAAGAAGGCAGAAGACAGAGAGGAGGUCCGGCCAGCCCGCGCCGUGCUGGACGAGUUGCUGGGACGAGGCUCCGUGUCCAGAAUCCUGGAAGAGCCAGGCCUGGGAGAGCGCCGGGAGGUCACACAGAAGUACCCCCAAAAGCAGCCGGAGAAGGAAGAGGGUUGGCGCAAGGAGGAUUAUGUGUUUGGAGCUUACCAGCCCUCAGUGGCCUCUACAGCCAAGGGCCAGCCGGCAAGAAGGCAGCCUGUGAGCAGGUUUUCAGCCGAGAAGAGCAGUGAAGUUAAAGCAGAGCCCCUCUCCAAAGCUCCCCCGUUAGCCAGCCGGAGGCCCAUGCAGGGCCGCAGGAAUCGAGGUGACUGGCUGGGCUUGAAAGAUGAAGACGUUCUGGAUUUGGAGCUGUCAUCUCCACCGAAGGCCAAUCCUGCAACAGCUGGGCGGCCUGCCCCUGCCAGACAGCUCCCAGCUGGAGAGGAGGCAGCUGCUAAACCUGCCCCGGUGGAGGAGGAGGAGGACUGGCUGAGCGCUGCCUUAUCACGCAAAAAAGCCCAAGCGCAGGCGAAGGCCCAGCAGAGGAGCGCCAAGCCCUCGGAAGCCCCAGUUGAAGGGCUGAAUCGCUGCUCUCCUGUCAGGAUGCUUUUUGCUUGCAGCCAGUCAGCAGCCUCCCCAGGAGCACGGCCACAGGCAGCCACCGUGCAGGCCGAGACAGUGAGCACAGACAGCUCCAGGCCACCGCUCCCCUGGCUCAGCACCGCUGAACAAGGCUCAGCUCAGCCGUCGGAGGCAGCACAGUGGGAUCCCUCCAGAGAUGCCAGCGCCCCAGUCCCUACAGCCUUGUUCCCGGGAGAGCAGGAGACACAGGGCCCUGCCCCGCUGGCUCAGGCAGAGUCUCCAGGCCUGGGCUUGCUGCAUGAGAGGAAGCUGGGGGCUCCCGCGGCCCAGCUCCAUGAGGGCUGUCGGGCAGCGCUGUUCCGUGCCCAGGCCCGUGUAGCGGAGUUGGAGAGCCAGGUGCAGACAUUGGAGCUGGCAUGGGCUCAGGACAAACUCUUGUUGGAGAUCCUCCGGCAGCGGCACCAGGAGGACCUGGAACUCCUCGACAGCACCCACAGGAGCCAGGUGAAGAUGUUAGAGGAGACCUGCAGGCAGCGAGAGCAGAGGCUGCGGCAGGAGAAGGAGCAGCUGGUGGCUCAGCUCCUGGGGCAGAGGCAGGAGGCGGAGCAGGAGCGGGCAGAGCUGCUGGCGCAGCACUUGGCCGAGCUGGAGCGGCUGCGAGAGCUGCAGAGGGUGUCUGUGCGGGAGCUGCGCAGAGAGCACGAGCAGCAGCUCCAGCAGCUGAAGUGUCUGAAGGACCAGGAGAUUGAGGCGGUGAUCAGCGCCACUUCGCACACCAGGACUCUGAACGGUGUCGUGGAUCAGAUGGAGAAGUUCUACGGCACCCUGUGUGACGUUUUACAGAAGGUGGAGGCCACACAGCAGACAACCUCCCAGGAGGUGGCCAUGGGGGCACAGAAGCAGAAGUAUCUCAAGGAGCUCCAGGACAGCCUCUGUCAGCAGCAGAGGGAGGCGGAGGAGGAUGGGUGCCAGUUCCAGGAGAUGGUGGCUAAACUGGAGGCCAGGCUGGAUGAGCAGACCCGGCUGCUGGAGGAGCACCAGAGGUUGCUGGCGGAGCGCUCCAAAGUGGAAUCGCUGGAGGAGGAGAAACAAGCGAUGACGCAGCAGCUCUUGGAGCGAGUGGAGCUGGAGAAGGCGAAGAGCGUGUUGCUGGAGGAGCAGCUGGCGGUGACGUGGCAGCACGCGGGGGAGCUGCAGAAGCUGGCGGCUGAGCGGGCUGAAUUUGACGCCCAGCAGCAGCCACUGAGAAAGGAGCAGGACACGGCCCGAGCGCCGCCCAUGGCCUCCCAGGGAGAGGGCCCCGUGAGGAGCCUGGCCAAGGAGUGGGCCAAGGUGAAGUUGUGGGACCACACACUGAGAGCCCAGGAGGAGCAGCUGGCGAGGGAGAAAGAGCUGCAGGACAAGCUUUGUCAGGAGCUGAAGGCAGAGAGGGAGAAUGUGAAUGAGGCUGCACUGCGCGUCCGGCUGCAGGAGGAGGAGAUGAAAAGAACGACCAAGCUCUCCUCCCAGAAGUACGAGGAAGGGCAGCGAGCCCUGCAGGAGGCACGCAGGGUCGAGUCGCAGGACCAGUCCAGACUGCAGGCCCUGCAGUGGCAGUUGGAGCAGUUCAGGCAGCAGAAAGAGUGUCUGCACCAGGGUCGGCUGAGCAUGGCUAAGCAGAUGAGCCAACUUCAACAGCUGCGCCAGGAGCUGUCCAACCACCCCACGAUGGUGCGGACAGCAAAGCAGGACUCCAGUGCCCCUCUGACAGGCUCCUCCAGUGUGCCGGGGAGCCUGGGAGGUGUCGAGGAACUCCAGGCCGCUGUCGAGAAACUCGUGGCCAGUGCCAGCUCUGCCGAGUUUAGUGCCACAGUGGCGAUGAUGAAGUACCGGGUCCUGCAGAACCGUGCUUACUUAGACAAGGAGCAGCUCUUCCUGGAGUCCCUGAAGAAAGUGCCCUACAACACUGCUUCUGUGCGAGGCUGAAGUGGUGAUGCCCCUUCGGUUCCCUUCCAGGACACUCAAAAGGCUUCCCAGCUCCAUUGCUGCAGAUUUAAUGUAAAUACUCUUGUCACAAGUUGGACAAAGAAACACUCUGUGGGCCUGGUUGAAGAGGCUACAUGUUGGAGGAGGAUUAGAACAACACAGAACUUUCCUGCAGUUGCAUGAGUUAUUGGGGCUGUUGUCGUCAUAAUGAACUAAAC